AUGGCGACGUUUGACGCGGAUUCGUCACGUCCAAUCAGCAAUCAAAACGUGGGGGGAGUUUCCCCAUUGGCUGAUGGAACCGACGUUGCGACACCGCCUGCACCUUCUCGGUCUGCGGACGCAAGUGGACCCACACGCCCUCCCCUGGACUACAACAAGGUGAUCCGUGGUCUUACCGCUGCGUCGAAUCGGCACACUAAGACAACUUUUGUCCCGCCAUCUGCCGACGCCAUCGCAGCGAUCCAGUUGGAGCUCGCCAAGCCCAAAAAGGAUCGCGUCGAUGUGCUCGACCAAAUUAGCCUUGCUCGGCCAUACUCGCCUAAAGUGGCUAUGGCUCGCUUCACCGUAGACACGGGUGAUGUACUAGCUGCGCAGUUGCACGAAGCGAUCAUGUCGUCGCUGUUUACAAGCACGCAAACCGACGCCGUCAAGGCGUUCCUGCUUGAUUUCGUCCAAGUCACACGGCUUGGGCGUGGCGGCAUUUUGUUUUCUGUAACGUCGUCGAGUGUGCGAAAGGCGCUUGGAGGUCAAUACCUGUCCAUCCUGGGAAAGCGCUACCUCAUCCCAGUGCAAGAGGAACACCCCCUAGACUAUCUGUGCUACAUGGACGUCACGGGCAUCCGUGACAACUUUGAUGCCACGCAAUUCUACCGUAAGCUGACCCAGCUUGGCGUGGAUGUUGCAUAUCAAAGCCAUCGCGCGGUCAUCCCUGGACGGGCUGCCAUACGAACGCGUGGCGAGCUUACUUCGCGGAUGGGUCAAUCCCGAAGGAACUCAUGA